ACGCCGGAGUCGCAUCGCGCGCUCAGGUGCGGCCAGGUGUGUCACGUGAACCACAACACCUGCCACCCGGCCAGCCAAUAGCAGCGAGAAGUGUGCUAGUCGACCACACCGAUAGCCAAUAGCGAGCGACAGGUCACCUUUGCACAGGACAGCCGGUGGUUGGAUGUGAAGCUGGGAGGGAGAGAUGAGCCUGCAAGUGCCCAAAAGCGGUCGAGCCAGUGCGGAGACUCUGAGAGAAUAAGCAUCACUAAUUCCGGAGUUGAAAACAGCGUGGUGGAAGGAUAGGGGCACAACUGGAAGUCUACUUUGCGGAUCUUGGAGGGAAAAAAAGAAACAGUCGCUGUGUCAGAUAUGACCAAGUUUUAUGUGCAUUCUAUCCCAACAUUUGCAAGAGAGAGCCAAAAGCAUUGUUCUUAUGAAUGCAACCACCUCUUUGGUUUAAGGUGCUGACAUUUGCUGAGUCCUGAACUUCUGGAAGAGCCUGAAAGAAGAGCAGGCGCUAUGGGUUCUUCAUCAUUGUAGUUGUCGAGGGUGACUGAAACAAAAGACUGCACCUAUUUCCAAAGGUCCAGGUGGCUACCAACUGCAAUAAUGAGCACUGUGGAUUGCAGUCAUCACCCCACCUUCCUAUCACCAAUAGGGCAGCCUGUCUUGGAGCCUCACCUUGGCGAGCAGCUGCAGCUCAAUUGUUCUGUCAAGAUCAACAGCACGUUGGAAAGCCUUUGCAAUUUCACGAUCAAUUGGUUUAAGGAUGGACUGGCAAUUCCUACAAGCAGCAGUGUGUCCAUUCAAAAAAUGAGUGAAACUUUUGAGGUUAUGCAAAGUGUUCUAAGUGUCAACAUGACCGAUGACCAAACAUAUGGAGUCUUCAAGUGUGUUUUGAGUGAUUCUACAGCAGAGUUCACUCUGCAGAAACCAGGGAACGCAAAUCAUGUAGCUGCUGUCAUCGGUGCCCUAACUGUUCUUGUGGUCCUUGUGUUGAUGACCAUCAUAUAUGUGAAGUGCAGGCUGAACGUGAAGCUGUGGUGCAGAGACAAAUAUGAAGACUAUGAUGCCAAUGAUGGAAAGCUGUUUGAUGCCUACAUUUCUUAUAUGGACUCAGCCAGUGAAAAGAAGUUUGUGAACUUCAUUUUAAAGCCUCACCUUGAGAACAAGUACAACUACAAACUGCACCUUAACACUGGUGACAUUCUACCAGGAUCAGAGCCCUCAGCAGAGCUGCUGAUGAAUGUAAGCCGUUGCCGCCGGCUUAUUGUGGUACUAUCGCAGUCUUACUUGGAGCAGGACUGGUGCACUAACAACUUUAAGGAGGGCCUCUGGCGUCUCACCGAGCUCUGCAACAAGCCCAUCUUUAUUCUCUUUGAAAAUCAGUACAGACUGGCUACUCAUCCGGCUGUCCAGCUGCUUAGGGAGCAGAAGAGGAGCAUCACACUAUUAGUCUGGAACUCCAAGUCUGUGACCCCUUCUUCAGACUUCUGGAAGGAGCUGGUCUUAGCAAUGCCUCACAAGAUCAGGUAUCACAGCACUAUGGCUGACCCUCAGGUUUUUCUCCAUGAUGACAAGGACCCUAUGCUAACUGUUAAUCCUGAAUACCUGGACUGCGGUUCAGACUUGGACCCACAGGGAGAUUUGGGUGUUCGAGUUCCGAUCUUUAAAGGCCCACCACCGAAGGUUUCAGCCCUUCCUAAUUCUGCAACCCACGUGCCUACUGAAGAACUGGAGCAAAGGCACAGUGAAAUUGACAUUUCAGACCUGGGUUCCCGCAACUAUGGUGUGCGCACUGAUUUCUACUGUCUAGUGACAGAAGAGGAGUUCUAAAGAGGACAGGCAUGAUGUUCAGUGAGUCACCAGCAUGUUAUGUAGUCCAGUUGGAGGUGUACAUGUCUCAGAAUUGGACUCCCGUGUCAGACCGUUCAGGCAAUUGUUUUUUCAGGCCAGUUAUUGGCAAGAGUCUGGGGAUUUGGAAGACAAAAGCUACACAUCCUUUUUCUUUACAUCAAGUGUUUGAAGAAGACUGGAUGCAAAGAAGGCCCCAUAUUACUUCCUGUUGCAGACAGGCAGUUGAAGGGGAAUGCCUGUGAAAUAAAGGCUUUGGAGCCUAACAAAGUUCACAUGGGCCUUUUAGAAUUAAAAUCUUUACCUUUUGGCAUUUCCUACUACCAUAAGACUUCUGUGUCUGAGAUUUCUUGUUAAUAAUUAAUCAUAGGCACUAAGGGAGUGAAGGCAGUGCUUCCCAAUGGUUGCUGCUCCUUAAGUGUUUUGUGACUGGAGAAAGAGAACAGUGGCCCUUUAACUAGAAAAGUCUUUAGUCGCUAGAGGGCAGUAAAUAUUCAUCUCUGAGCUCAAACUCGCUCUCUCAAUUGUGUGCUGAAACCAAACUGGGAGUGGGAAUACAUAUUGAACCUUCUAUGUAUGCUAAAUAAUGGAUACAGUGCUUGCUUUUGAAUAGUUCUUAGAAAAUGUAAAUUUUGUAAAUUUAACUUUCUAUGUAUGGAACAAGCUUAAUUUAAAGUGAAUAGCAUGUGCCUGAACGACAGAACAUUUUAAUGCCAAAAAUUCUUUGUCACCCUACUUUUGGGUAUAAACCAAGCCUGCACUGCUGCUACAAAGAAAUGUGCCUUUUCUCCCUAAAAGUCUCUUUAAGGUUGCAUUAGGAAAGUGGGUUCAGGAAAUGGCUAGAUGGGCUGAGAAUGGUCCAUGCCUGAUGGUACAUCCUCUCACACAUUUUCUGAUGUAAUUACUUUGACAGUAUUAAAUACAGUUGUCAUUUACAACAGAACACCCAAAUUUGUCCUUACAACAGUUAGGAACGCUAUGUUAUCAAUUAUUUCAAUCAAAAGGAGUUACACUAACAAAAUUGUCCUCUACUCCUUCUGUAGGACUAUGUGAAUACAUGUCAGAGACUGCUGUCUGGUUUACCUGACUUCACUAGGCCAAAAGGCCAUGAAGUUGUUAUUCAGCAAUUUGCCAUUUGUUUUGUCCCUAUUAAGUGUUUUUCUCCUAUUCUAUAACAGGUAGGGUGCUGCACAUAAAAACAGAAAUUGCUGUUUCAAUUCCAGCCUUCAGCUUACUGUCUGACCCAGAAAAAGUCAAUGUACCUGGGCCCCAUGAUAAUUAGUACAAUUAGUACACAUAGAUAGAUGGAUAGAUAGAUAGAUGGAUGUAUGAUCAAGAGUACAAAGCACUUAUAAUAGUGUAGUGUAAUGUAAUACAUAAACAAUACAACAUGAAGUUAAAAAAACACAGUUUCCAUUCUAAAAAAUCAAGAUAUAUGUUAACAAUUGCAGUGAGGCCUGAUUUUCUGAGUCAACUUAAAUGUGUUCGCCAAAUCAAUAAAGUACAUAUGCCAGAAACCAAUGUAAUGCUUUUCAUCAAAGGUCAAGUAGGUGGUGUUAGAGACGCCCCUACUCUUGUGUGUGCUUCUGUUCAUGUAAACUCUUGUUGUUACCCAGUGCUUUGCCUCUGAAUAUUAAAGGCUCCCAUUGGGUCACAUUAAGCCCCAACAUCUUGACUCCUAGGCCAUGGUUCUCAUAACCCUGCAUUCUUUGACUUUAUUACUUUGUAGCAGUCAGAUACCAUGUACCCAAAGCUAUCUACAGUCGAUGGACAUCCUGGAGUGGUCUAGGAAGAAGAAAAUUGCAUCCAUAAUAUCAUAAGAAAAGUAUAUAAAUAAAUGUAGAAAAAUAUGUCCUUAAGAGCAGCUCUGUUGAAAGAUCUUCACAUAAAUGUGAUGUUAAAAAUAUUUACUUGCUCUACAGCUAACCACAGUCUCUGUGGCAGACUCUGGAGCUGUUUUAAAUAUUCCAUUAAUUUUCUGAACCAGUGUAUUCCAGUUAGUGGUUCAUUGAGGGUCGAAGCCUGCCCCUUUGUGGCAUUGGGCACAGGGCUGUAUUAUUACACACGCGUUCAUACAUUCACAGUUGAUCCUACUAUUCCCCUUCAUAAUCUCUGCAUGCUUGGUAGUUGAAAGGAAGACUGUAAUGACUGGAGAAAACCAAUCACAAGAACAAAGAGGAAGAUGUGCAAACUCCAUUCAGUCAGCAAUGUGGCCAGAGUUCAGACUGACUCUCUUAGAGCUGUGAGGUGGCAGCAAUAUGCUACCUGUAAUCGCUUGUCUUUUGGAACCUCUUUGGCUUUCAACAUUGGUGAGUCAGUUUGCAUCAAAUUGAUUUUCUUUGCUUAAUUUUUCCAUAUUCUGCAUUCAGAAAAAGCACCAGUGUUUGAUCUACAUUCAUAGGAAGAUUUUAAAUAUUCUUUGCCAUAGUCUUAAAUUCUUAAUUCUGCUUUGUCAUUUUUCCUAUUAAUUCAUCUUCUUCUGCAGAGUUUGUAUCAUGGUAUCAUUAUAGGAAUAAUGAAAAGGCCUUACAGUAGAAGUUUUAAAACUGGAUUUUUUUAAAAUUGGAAUUAGUUUCAGUGGAAUAUACUAAACAUUUAUGUGUGUAAUAUGAAGGUAAUGUAGUGUGCUCUUCUUCCUGUCUUGGAUUUUAAGGUUUUCAUCAUUGCUCUUAUGAUUUUCAUUUGGCUUUUCCAGAUGUUCUGGUUGUUUUAAGCUGUUCUUUUCUGAUGGGCGCACUAGUGGGUCUGACACUGAAGUAGCUGCAGCCUUUCGGUGUUAUUUUCCCUGGUGUCUACUCUGCUCGUUGUUAAUUGACAUUAUUAGGAUACAAUUAAAGGAGUAAAUGCCACAGAAAACACUAAAUUAAUAAUAAAAUUAUAAAAAAAAUAAGAACUAUGAAUAUUUCUACAUUUCUUUAAAUUUAAACUACACACUAGUGCUUUUUUUCAAUGUAGAAUAAAAGAAGAAAGGAAAAACCACACCAGGUAAUUAAACAUUGAGAUCAAUUCUAGUUAAUAAUGACUGACUGACUGAGAAACUGGGUACCUGUAACCAUAGGGGUCUCAUGACCAGCACUAAGGCAGUGGUUCUCAACGUUCAGUCCUGGAAGCCCCCUGACUUUGGGUUUUUGUUCCAACCAGUUUCUCGGUCAAUGUUACCUUAAUUGAUCUCACAGUUUAUGUAGAUGGCCUGUUUUUCCUUUUAUGUUGCAUUUAGAAAAGUGCAGUAGUGUCAGAUUUACACUUACAGAAAAAGUACAAAUAUUAAUUUCAUGUAUUUUUAAAUGCUUACUUUCUAUUGUUGUUUUUAAUUCACUUAUUUAUGUGGAGGUGACUUUCUUAAUUGUAUCUGAAUACAAACAAUUAACGUUGAACAGGGCAGCCAUCUGAGCAAAUGACUCUGACAGUACAACCCACUUGUGUGCUUAUUAGUAAAUAAUUGUCUAAAUAACUAGUAUAUUAAAAAUUUAAAAGGAAAAAAAUGAUUUCUUACCCAUCUAACAUAUAUAAAUUCUUGCUUCA